UCUUUAAAAAAAAAAAGAGCACAGCAUAGGGCAAAGGCAAGUGUCUCAAACUCGGAAAACCUCAGCUCAGCCCAUUGCUGGAAAAAAACCCCAGAGGAGCGGACUUCAGAGAGAGCAUUCCGCACAGAAAGCAAGCGGUAAAGCAGGAAGAGAUGAGUGCUUACAAUGCUUUUAAAGCUUGUGCUCCAAUCUCAUGGAGCCCUAAUCUAUACAUAACCCUUGUAAGGGGUAUUCCAGGCACUAGGAGGCUCCAUAGGCGUACCCUAGAAGCAUUGCGUCUGCGGAAAUGCAAUCGGACUGUAAUGCGGUGGAACACGCCUACUGUUAGGGGAAUGCUUCAGCAGGUGAAAAGGUUGGUUGUCAUUGAGACAGAAGAGAUGUACAAGGCACGUAAGGAGAAACUUUCUGAUCACAAAGCUCUACGUCCUCCGUUGGUUGUAAACCAUCAUGCAGCCCCUGCAGCUGAUUCAGUUCAGUAAUUGUUGAAACUCUUUCCUGGUCAGUUUUAGUCAACUAAGAUGAUGUAGUGCACCCAAGUAAUAUGUUAGGAAAUAGCAUUUCACCUUUGUAUACAGGAUGUGAUACAGUAUUUGUGUGGUGGUUAUUACUGUUUCGGCUAUAACAGAAUGCAUGAUGUCUCCGGAGUCUGAGCAAUCUGCGGAAUUGGUUUGGUUGUUACUGUCAAAUGCAGAACUUUAAGAAAGAUACUGGCUCUAGCCCGUUGAUAUGGGAUCAUGUAGCUUGCCUUAUGUCUUGUUAGUUAUAACAAAGUAAAUCUAUGAUAGUGGAUUUACUUUGUGUUUAUGUCAACUUAGGAGCAACCUAAGAUUUUUGGGGUUUCUGCGAGAAUGCUAGCUUGAUUUCUCUGCUUUCUUCCGCCAUUUCCUUCCUUUUA